AUGGCUACCCAAGUUGGCAAGAGAACUAAUUCCUUGGCCUUUGCCCGUACCGAUUGCCAUACGUGCACCUCCAAGGGCCAGAGAUGUGAUCGUCAACGACCUCAAUGCACUACCUGCAUCAGUCACGGUCGUAAAUGUGGUGGGUUCGCGACGCCCCUCUCUUGGGAUCAUCGACGCACCCGCAACAGGGCAUUAGGUAGCCAGGAUAAUUCAGGGGAGGAUGCAGCCGUUACAACUCCCAAGAUAGGAAAUGCCCAGAUAGGCAAAGACCCUCCGAGACAUUUUAAGUUUGUUCUUGGUGGGAAAAGAGAUCGGAGACGCCGGAAAGUGGUGCAGCCGCGAGAUAACGCGCGUGCGGAGAUCGAGACAAAGCCAGUCAAACCCCCGCAACCGGUAGAUGUUGCCGAUAAUGAUGUUUCUCCACCCGGUGAUGAUGAGUCUUCGUUUGAUCUCGUGGCCUUUGCUCAAUCGGAGCAUGUGUUUGAUCCCGCUAAUUCUUUUUUUCAGCAUGAUACUAUUGAUAUACCCACUCCACAAGACUACUUUGCGUCUUUACUACAACCCGGCUCGUCUGCCUUUCCACUUGAGACCCCGAGUAUGAUGGAGCGUACAUCAGGGGAAGGACUCUCCGGCUUAGGACUAGGUGAUGCAUUUCAGGACGGUCUGUCUUUUAUUUCCUCGGACAUGGGUCCUGUAGAAGGAUUGGUAUCAACAUUGCGCGCACCCACUUUGGAAUCCGUAGGUGGAGCUGGGCCGGGCCCAAGCCAGCCUCUAGGCAAUCCGCAUGAGGCAUUGUUGCAAAUGUAUGAUACGGAAUUCUGUGUCCUCCCCAUUACAUCCGAUACAGCGCUGAACCCCUUUCGCUGUCGUGAGCCACUGUCCCAAUGUUCAAGGCUCUUGUUCCAUUCCAUCCUGGCACUGUGCUGCCGCCAUCUUAGCCAGAUUACUGGAACACCAUCCUCGGAAGAGCGAGAGCAUCGUAACCAAGCGUUCAAGCUUCUCGAGAAUGCACUCCAAAGUGAUCAGCUCGCAAGGAGAGGGUUGACCUUGCUGGAUCCACUUUUAGUUCUCUUCACACUUGAUUGUACCCUCUCUGCCUCCGGCCGAUGGUCCACCUAUCUAACUCGAGCACAUUCCAUCCUCGAAGCAUGCGGGGGUCCGCCAGCCCUCGAUAACGCGCGCAUUCGAUCUCAAGUGGCCAUGAUCCUGUGGUGGGACGCAACCCUAGCUCUAGUCUCUCGUCAAGGAACAGUGUUCUCCCAAUCCUACCUCGACCACCUUAUACACUCAGAGAAGAAAGACAGAUGGUCAUUCUACGAUCUCACCGGCUGUCCAAGCGACCUAGUCGUGACCAUCUUCAAACUAGCAGAACUAGCCCACCAAAGCACAAUAGCCUCCACCAUGAAAUGGCUCACCUUCAACUUAGCCCCUAUUGUCCAAAUUGAAGAGCACCUUCGGUCUUGGACGCACUCCUUCUUCGCAGCACCGUCCUAUAACCAGGCUAGUCCUAGUGUUGAUGACGGUACUCGCACACCUCCACUCGAUGAAGACACCUUCCACGCACACCAAGACCGCCAUCACUGUGCCGAGGCGUGGCGCCAUGCUCUUUUGCUUUAUAUCGAAAGGAUAUUCAGAUGGGAUCGAAAUCAGAUUCGCCCGUUGUCUAUUCCUUGUCUUGCGAGAUUGACUCUCAACCAUGUGAGGUGUUGUAGACGGACGUCUCAGACGCAGAAACAGUUAUUGUUACCAGUGUUUUUGGCUGGUAGCGAGACUGGGGACGAGGAGAUGCGGGAUCUGGCUAGGAGUUAUUGUCGUUGGUGGGGGGAACGGAGUAGAUAUAAUAUGUUUCAUUCGGUGCCGGUAUUACUGGAGGAUAUCUGGGGUGGGGAUAAAUGGUGGGGAGAUGUGGUGGAUGAGAAGACUAAAGGCGCAUCGACGGCCGAGGGGUCUAAUGUGCAGUUUCUUUUUGGAUAG